ACUGAGAAAGAAGGUUCAUGAUUUUUGCCUACUCAAUGAGUGGAGUCCAGUUUUUCUCUAUAAGUCAAAAUUGUAUGGGAAUAAAUCAAGCUUUUUCAUAAAAGUAAUAUAUUCCUCAUCAAUCAAGUAAAGAAUCCAAUUCCUUCUCAACCUUUAUAUUUACAUUUCUUGAAUUCAAUUUGCCAAAACAUUAAUUUUCUCUAUUUUUCUUCUCCUCAAGCUCAUCCAAAAUUUCCCAUUAGAUUUUUCAUCAUCAUUUACAAUGACUAAUUUGGUGGAACUACAAGUGAAUUUACACUGUGAGGAAUGCAUCAAGAAAAUCUUGAAAGCUAUCAAGAAAAUACAAGAUAUUGAGACAUAUAAUGUGGACAUUGAGCUAAACAAGGUCAUAGUCACUGGAAAUGUCACAACACAACAAGUCAUUAGAGUGAUUCAAAAGAUUGGCAAAACAGCAACCACUUGGGAGGAAGAUCCAACACCAAAUUCUUAAUUAUGCUCAAUUUGUAUUUCUAAAUUUUUGUAAUUCUGAGUUAAUUUCCUUUAUUAUGAAAUAAAACUAAAAGAUUACAGCAUAAA